GAUCUCCAUAACUCCUCGGGUCAUGACAGAUAAGUCGAAUAUAAAUGACAUUAAAAUAAUUCCCAAACGGAAGUCCCGGGAGUCAAUAUCAAGAAAAUCAUCUGAGUCGACUAAUGACGAAGACAAAUUGACUAUUAUAGAGAAAAUCAAAGCGCCAUCGCAUCCCAAUUUGUCGCCGGCUGUUUCGAUCUCGGCGACACCUGUUGCUAUCAAAUCUCCUGAAUCCACGCCCAUGGAAACUGAAGCAUUGCCACCGCCACUAGAGAAUAUCAAACCUCUACCUCAAGAUGCAUCUCUGACUUCCGAAGUCUCGAAGAUAUGUAACAUCAAACCGACUGAGGCAUCUAAACCUGAACUGCCAAGUGCUGCAGAACCAAUCAAAACAGAAACGGAAUCAUCAAGUGUAGAAAACAAAGUAGAGAAUGUCGAAGAAAAAGUAGAAAAAACCACAGUUCCUGAAAUUCCAGUUGAAGAACAAAAGGAGGCACAAAUUGAGACUGAAUUGAAAUUGAAAGCCACAGUCGAGAGUGAAAUCAAAGGUAAAACGACAGUCGAGAGUGAGUUCAAAGUUAAGGCGCCGGUCGAGACAGAAGUUAAAGUUAAAGGGCCGAAAACGAAAUCAGCUCGAAACUCGACCGAGACGCAAGCCGGGCCGAGUAACUCGACUGUCGAAGUUGCCGACAAGAAGAAACGCAAAGACUUGGUUAGGAAAAUUAGUACGACUUCGCAAAAAGACGUAACCGAUGAAAAGACUGAAAAGGCCCAGAAUGAACCAAACUGCGCCGACCGGCUCGUAACCAACGAGCCAGAGAAAGUUACAGAACAAGUGCCCACUGUUGAAGAAAAGCCUGUAGUGGCCGAACCAGAAAGCAAACGCGCCAAGAGUCCAAAGACCGCCAAAGUUGAGACACAGCCCGGUCCUAGCAAUGUAUUCAACGAGACGCCAGAAACUAAAAAACACAAGGAAUAUGUGCUGCGAACUCUUGGCUUGCUUACCCACAAGGCCGCGAAGGAGGCUAAAAUCGAGAAAUUGAAAGAAAAGGAGAGAAUUUAUGGGGGUAUAAUGUCAAAUAAGAGUAAAUCAGCCAAGGCUGGAUUAGGCGAUUACACUGGUACUCUAAAGACUGUAAUAAAGUUGAAUAGGGGGGCUGGAGACCGGGAUAAGAAGAAGCAGAGGACCUCAUUGAAGAUGACGUUUCAGAAGAGCAAGUACCGUUCGGGGAAGCCGACGCCAGAUGUCGGUGACGCCGCGAACGAAGACGAGUACUACACGAUUGAGAGGCGCGAGGGCGUGGCAGGCGCAGCGACAGACGGUGGGCACAGAAAGUCACAUUACAGUAAUCGUCUUAACAACCAUGAAACAGAAGCUGUCCCGGAACCUGCUGAAGCUAAGGAAGGCAACCUGGUGAUCCCGGAGAAGGCGUCUUCCUUCAGCAUCCAUCCUGGGAGGCUGUGCAUGGACCAGUGCUUCUACUGCGGCGGCAAGUUCGGCCUCUUCGAUACGCCGUGCCACAUCGCGCAAAUCAAAAGCUCUGAGAGGCAGAAGAAGAUUCUCGACAACGAGGAGAAGCUGACGAUCGACAGCUGCCUGUGCGACGCGUGCUACCGCCACGUGGACCGCCGCGCCAACUGCCCCUCCUACCGCAAGCGCCCGCCCGGCCGCCAGCCCGACGCGCCGCCGGGGCAAGGAGACAACAACCUUGUGCAAACAGAGAAGCCAGUGAGCCCUCCGCUAGAAGAGGAAAGCGAGGAGGAGCCUACCACUCCGGGAGUGACGUCGGGGCGCGUGGCCACGUGUCACACGGAGGGUUGCGUCGCCGCCGCAGACUACUCCAUACGACGGAAAUGGCUCAUUAAGAUGAGGAGCAGUGUUAAUAAAGUGUUGAAGCUGAAGUGCGACUACCCGGGGCUGCACACGCUGCCGCUGUGCGCCGCCCACCACCGUGCACUCGCGCCGCUCAUGGCCUGCGCGCUGUGUCGCCGCCGCCUCACCAAGCACCACAACCUGCACUUCAUCAACCACGGCUUCCUGGAACUGAACCCGCUCCUGACCCGCGAGGGCGUGCCGGUGCAGUUCAGCGAGCGGCCGGUGCUGUGCAAGGGCUGCCGGUACUACUGCACGCUGCUGCAGCGGCCCGGACACAACGACCACUACGCGCGAGCAUACCGGAGGAAAUUACUACAAGUUUACAACAUAGAAGUCCCACCGGAACCUGAACACGAAGGUGAAGAAAUGACAACACUAGAGGACCCCAACAAUCUAAUCAAACCAAGUAAAAAGAAGCAGAGAACCAAAUCCAAACAGAGAAAGUCCACUGAGCCUGAACAGAGUAGUGAAUCUUCAGAAAAAACUAAUGAGAGCACUCCAGAGAAGGAAAAGAUACACGAUGACAGCGAGCCUUCGAAGGAAUCCACAGCUCUUAGAGAAGAGGAAGAUAUAGAAAGCCUUAUAUCGUCUAAUAAGAUUCUAGUGCCGGGCGCAGUGAAAUCGAACGAGUCGAUGACACAGAGUGACGGGUCUGAGAAUGAAAACGUAUGCGAGUUCGACACACCAUUCCUACAUGUAGAUAAACAGACAGAACUACAGUACCUCCUGCAGAAGCAAAACAACCCCGCACAGUUCCUACCGAAGACGCCGAACUUGACACAAAAACAGAGGAAUAUAAUGAAAAUACAAAACGUUUCGGGUGUACAAAAACCGGGUCAACAACACAGAAUUAGUGAAAAGAAUGCGAAGAAAAUACACAAAAUAGGACAAAUGGCUGUGCAGAAAGACAAAAUACGUAGAGAGGACGAUGACGACAGAUCUCGAGAUGGGAUUCCCAUACUUAAAAAUAUUAACUUGAAUGACGAAUGUACAAUAGAAACAAUACCUAACAAGAGAACUGCAGACAUAAACACACUGAAAAACAAAUGGCAGUUGUCGGAAAGCUUCACUCAAGUUAAGAAGAAUUUGAGUGAGCUUUCAAAGAAGUUGACAAUAGAGAAAGAUCCAAAGAAACCAUCAGAGGCGAAAUAUUCGAAUCCGGUGAAGAGACUAGAAACAAACCCGUCGAUAUCAGUGCGGGAACUGUUCCCGGGAGAGGAAGAAAUGAAUUUACAGUGCAACAUUGAGUUUAACAAUGUUAAAGGUGUAACUCCGGAAGGCUGGGAAAAGUGUAACACAAUGAUCCAGUACGAUGUUGAGACGCGGAAGCUCUGGACGGAGCUGCAAAGGCCUUACGGCAACCAGUCCAGUUUCCUUAGACACUUAAUUUUACUGGAAAAGUAUUUCAGGAGUGGCGACUUGGUUUUGUCUCAUAACGCGUCUCCCCACGCUGCGAAUUACAGCGAUUCUGUCCAAAGUAGGUUACGGGCGUAUGACAAUGUUGUCAACGAUACACCAAGACGGAACGAACCAGCAAUAAGCUUGAUAGAGUUCCGCAAAAAGCCUUCGAUGAACGGUAAGAGUUUACUCAAGUCAAAUCAAAAUGAACCGGAGAAGGAUACUAAGAAAUUCAUGCCCCCGCCGCCGAUGCUUCCAAAACCGAAGGUGGUGAAGGAAAAGCAGAAAUCGAAGCCCUUACCUCCCGAGCUGAUUGCAAUUAAUACUCCUAAUGCGCAAGGAAGGAAGGCGAUCCAAAAUGUGUUACAUAAUAUUCAGCAACUGGUGAAGGGUGUAUCGGCGUCAGAUCCUACUGAGGUCGCCGCCGCGCCUCUUCCGCCUCCCAAGUUUGAAGCACAUAAGGAGAAAAAGGAGAGUCCAAAAACGGAAACUCCCAAAAAGAUAAAGGCUACAAGCAAGCCUUGGAGGCCUACAUUGAUGCCUAUUACACAGGAAAACUUAGCCAAAAUCGCCCGCGAGCCGACACAAGUCGCAGUGGACGGACGAACUCUCCCCAGCCUGGUGCAGGUCAUGUCCUCUGGCAAGCGGUACCACAUCACGCUGCAGGACUACAACAAGAUGUGCAUCAUGAGGCGAGAGAAGCUUCAGCAGCUGCGCGAAGGAGACAAGAAGAGGAACUCCACGGAGGAGACCACGGUCGUCACAGAGAUACAACCCUCAACCAUGCUUGGCAAUGGAGGCACAGUCGUCCAAAACAUUGUCGAAGAGAGACAGGAAAAGAAAGAAGUACCAGAACUAGGACAGAUCGGAAAUGCAGCAACUAUACUGAAGAAUGCUUGCUUGAAGAACAUAACGAUAGCUCCCAUCCCGCCGAAGACGGCGACCGUGACGUCGAUGACGCUCGCGUCGCCUGUGGUGACGUCACCGUCCCUGCUGGUCACGUCCACGCCCAUCAAGAUCCCACAGCUGGGCUCGGCGGUGUCCAUCACGAGCGAGACGGUGCUGACUCCGAACGCGGUGCCGGCGCAGCUGAUGAUGCCCAAGAUCCCCAAGUCGCUGACGGUGAUCCCGCAGACGAUCAUGGGCGGCACGGUGACGACGGCGGUGAGCACGAUGGCGGGCGGAGUGGUCCCCGACCCGCAGCGUCCAUAACGAAGCAUCAUCGUCGUGGUGGUGUAGCGGCGGCGGCGGGCGGCGUCGCGCGCGACCACGUGACCACGGACCAUACUGUACAUUGUAGACAUGCAAUAGUGAGAAGUGAGCCUUAGUAUCUGUACGCGUGUAUAUACUAGUGUUAGUGAGGACGAGCUGUGAAUAUGGAACCGAGCGUUAAAUACAUUACUCUUAAAUUAGGUUUUUAUUUUAUUUUUCAUUAUUUCGUUUGUGCAAAUGAUAUGACGGCCGUGUUGUGGCUUUGUGCGGAUCCCUUUUGUUCAUUUAAAUCUAGACGUGUUAAGGUAUUGGGUCCAAUAAUGGAGCUUACAAUAAUGUCUAAGGAAUCUGACAGAUGAAUUUAAGUUGAGGAAGUUUGAACUCUAUAAUAGUCCAAUAAGCUCCAUUUUAAAGUUUUAUUUCUGAACAAAGACAUUUUAUAAAUAAAUUUCAUAGCCCAUAUUUGUAUUUAAAUGACAGCAUAGCGUGAAUAAAACAUUAAAUUAUUUAUAGAGAUAAUGCUUAGUUCUUUUUAUAUGAACAACUCUGGAGCAUCAUUCUGUCAAUAUGAAAAAAUAAUUAAAUAAAUCAAAAUAUUUAUAUUGAAAACCAAUUUCAUGUUAUUAUUUUUCAUUAAAAUAGGACUAUCAAGAAGAGACUUAGAUAUCUAACAAAAGAAUGAAUAGAAACCAUUCAUAAGUGUUUAAUUUUAGCCAAAAGCCAAUGCAAAAAAAUUCAUUAUGGCUGAAAAAAGUUAAUAACAUAGCAUAUAAAAUUCAACCUUAUCUACUUUCACAUUCGUCUAAUAAUAAAACUAAACACACGUGGUUCCCAUCAGUCCUACUUUUCCUGCUAAGUUAAUAUCACUCGUAAGAAAAUUAUUGAAGGUUGAGUUUCCAUUGAUAUUUCAAUUUUGCUCUUAAUACAGUUCCCAAUGUCCUAUCCUCUAUGUAAUACAUGAGAUAUAAAUAGGAAGUUUCGUUUCUAACUUCAUAGAAUAAUAAGAAUUACUAACAUAUUCAUUCAUUUUCAUCGGCCAAUGCAUCAGUUUUUCACAUUGGUAUCAAAAUUCUCUAGUCAGGCUCUAUUGUGCAUUUAUAAUUUAUUUUUCAAUCCAAAAAAACGCUUCGCCUCGUAUCAUUUGUAUAAAAUAAUCGUAUAACUGUAAAAUAUAGAAUAAUUAGUGAUUAAUUGAAGAUAUCACUCGAUCAUAUUUUUCCAUGGUUAUUAUAUUUAAGGUACAUCCAUAAUUGCACUAAAAGGUAGAUAAAUUAUUUUUACAGCUUAUAGGAAAGGAUUAAACUAAUUGAUCUUGCAACCAAUGUUGGUUACAAUCGAUUAAAACUAAGUUUAUCGAUUAACUAAUCGAAAUUGGUCGCGACGUAGUUAAUGAACCAUUAUCGUAUUAGGCACAAACGUUAAAAAUAUUUUUCCAUUUGUAAUUUCUUUGCGAAUCGUACUCAUGUCGAGAUAUUAAGAGAAAUACAUAUUUUUUGUGUUAAACGUUUACUACAUUGACCGUGUAUAUAGUUCAAGUAUGGUGUAAACAAAUUUAUGUCCGCUUGGAGAAAAAUUUAAACAGAAACAAUAAACAUGAAGUAUUUAAAAGUAAUGGUGAUUUUUGUGCCUGACAAAUUAUAUAACGUGACCUGACCAGAGACUAUAAUAAAUGGACGAUAAAAGCCGCCAUAACAACCCAUGAACUUUAGUAGUUCUUUAUAUAAAUUACAUGGGGCUUUAUUAAGGCAUGUACACAGGCGAGUCUGAGAGAAUACAUUUAGUAUAAGUGAUAAAUGGCUGACAGUAUAUUUUUCACUACAAAAGACUAGUUAACGUCUCAGAACAAUGCUAGUCUAAAAUACUGUGCCAAGCUUAAAUCACUGCCCAUUGCAUUUGACUCAGAAACUAGCCAAUUCAAAUAAGGAAAGCUAACGUCAUAAUUACAACUGGCGUCAUUUCCGUGUAACAAGUCAAUUGACCCCAAGAGUUGGUAAUAUUUGUGCCUCGACCGAGGAUAUAUUUUUUAUAGACUCUGGAACAGGUGUACCACUGUAAAUAAUUCAUUAUAGCGCUAAAAAUGAGAAAUUCUGACGAUUUUUAUAUAUCUCUUGAUGGCUCACGGUUGAAAUUUUGUCCGUCUGUUUGUUGACUUUGACGUUUGGUUGGUGUAAUUAGGACAUUGCUCUUAUAUAGUGGCGAAAACGUACUAAAGGGUGGGUUGUAGAGUGUAGACCGAAUAAAUAUAUGGUAUUACUAAGCGUACAAUUUAUGAGCUUUUACAAAACUUGUUACGUUUGAUAAUUUACGGCUUGAAAUAGGAUCAUAAUAGAAUCGUUCACGUAAUAAUUUUAUAGAUUUUCAAUUGCAUUAGAUUUUCUUUUUUCUCAUAAUUAAUAUACUUGGAAUGUUGAAGAUGUUUUAGUUUUGUAGUAAGAAAUACCCGGAAUACACCUUUUUGACCAAGCGGUUCAAUUUACAAACUGUCCGAAGUGUAAACAACUCAAUGGCAUAAAUGGUCUUAUGUGACAUUCGCAUAGGUUUCCUAUAAACUAGUUUAUAUUUUAAUUAUUUUAUUUUAGAACCUACGGGCUACUUCAAUAACUGCCUGUAUUUCCGCAGUAAAUACAUAUUAAGCGUUAGGCAACAAAUUAGACAUAGAGAUUUCCAUGUUCAGAUAUAAUUAAUAAGAAUUUAUAAAUGUUCAAAUUGAAACAGCAAUAUUAAAAUCUAAGACAUAAAGUACUUACAAACAGCAAUAAAGAUGGCGUCCAUCAUGUUUUAUCGUUGUUCCCGCCAUAAUUGUUAAAUUCAUGUUUACCCUAAUGUCCACGUCAAAGUGUACGAACCGACGGACGGUUGUGUUAAAAUAUUAUAUAAUCUAUAUUGUUGAAGAAUUAGUAUUUUAUUUUUGUCCAAUAACAGAAAGUUAAAGAUAAUGUACAGUAAACUGCCGAUUUGUUAAGGCGAUGUUUCUUACCCGAUUGCACGAAAGGAUGUUUUCACGCAACAAAAGUAGUUUUUUUGUCCGCUUUUGCUGACAUAAUUAUAUUUUAUUACGAUUGCAGAUUUAAAGUGCGAAAUAAAAUGAAAAAAAUUACUAAACAGACUAUCCUACAGCUACAAACUUGCAUAAUUUUUUUCUUGAUUCAACUAUCUGUGACGUGAAUUUAAUUCUGCGUCAAGAAUUUCAAAAACAUUUUUCAUUGUAAGUCACACACGUCAAUACUAAUUAAUAGUAUUUUAUAUUAGAAACAUAUAUUAAAUCUUUUCUAUUACGGUUGAUUAAUGUUUUAUCGAGAUUGGCAAAUUUUUUGUUAAGCAUGUUUACUGUUUAGGUAAGGUUUGUUAAUUUUUUGACGCAGAAAAUUUUAGUAUUAUAAAAUUGUUUAAUUUUUGCAGAAUUUGAAACCACUUUCGUUGCAAUUUUUAAAAACCAACGGCCUAUUGUUGAUUUUAUUUUCGAAAUUUGACGUAAUUUAUGGAUCUUAUCAAGAUUAGGUUUUUUACAAUUCAAGCAAUAGAUUUGAACAAGUGUCAAUUACAAAGCAUUCACAUUUCUCCGUUUUCACAGGUAAAGGAACCAGAAUGUUCAGCCAAAAUGUAAAAAACAUUGCUUUAACAAAUCACAAUUCAAUGUUAUACUUGCUAGUGUUGUAAUUUGAAAGAAUCAUAAAAAAACAUUGUUGUAUCAUUUUUAUAUGUUCGUAUAUAUGAAGGGGCCGCGUUGGAAAAUAGGCUGCACAUAGCCCAGAAGUUUAGUUUAUCUCCAAAGAUAGCCUGGUAGUAUACAAUAUUAUUUAGUUUUUACGUUGGGCACGUUACUUUACACGUGCUAAAGGUAUGAAUUUGUGUAAUAAACAUAUCCUUAUCUCAUGA